ACUGUCAUAUCUCAAUAGAGUCUCAGCUGAUGAUCAUAUAAGCGGAGCAGAUGUGCAACAGGUGACCGUAGACUUUUUUGAUAACCUCACACUGACCUGUGACCUCAAGAUGCACACUGACCUCGCAGCACAACAACCAUUGAACAUCAGCUGGGAGGCCAUGGGCAAGGACGUGGUGCGGUACGAUGGGAGUUUGCACUAUGGGCCGCUUUUCAAGCACAGGGCCUCGGCCAAAUGGGAAGAUGGGAAGCUCUCGUUCAUGCUCAGUCCAGCAGUGUUGAGCGACGCGGACAUCUACGAGUGCUUGUUGGAUGGCAGGAGGAGCCUUAGCACGGUCAUCGUCACAGUCUCGGAUCCUUAUGAUAACAAGGACUCAUUUUAUCACUCUGUGAGCGACACUGCCGAAUUGCCCUGCUGGGGUAAGAUUUCAAAAUCAAGAACUUUGGAAAAAGUGUCCGUCCACUGGAAUAAAGAUGGUAAGGAGUUCUACAGUCUGAUUGGAGGGAAGGACCCGAACCCCCCAAGCAAGGUGUAUAUGAACCAGGACCUGAUCCAGGAAUAUGGUGAACUGACCUUGUUCAUUGAGAACCUGACGCUUGAAGACAGUGGGAUAUAUGAAUGUUUGUACCGUGACAACAACUUUGUUUUAGAGGUACCUGGGAUGCCAUCGAUGGUCAAACUUACAGUAGGGGAAGAUAUAUUCCCAACUGUGAUAGAACCUUUUGUCAUCAGCGACAACAGCAGCCCCAGCCCGAGCUCCUAUCCCACCAUGGCCGUCCAGGAACAGGAAGAAAUCUUGCCAGAAAUGCAGGGCACAUCAGCUCCAGAAACCAGCCCGGGGGAAGACGAGGAGACGGGACUCCCACUGCCGUGGGUUCGGAUUGGAAUCAUCUCUGGGGUUCUGAUCGUCACGGCUCUCGUUAUGGGACCACUGGUGGCUAUGGGAAAGAUUUAACACAACAUAUUUUACAACAGAGGCGAUCUGCGUUUUUUUUUUAAACAAAAUACAUUCACAAACUAAGAAUUAUUUCUUUAUUAUGUGUGCUCAGGAAAGAUGUCACUGUUUCAUCCAGUGGUAGACAAGAAAAACAAUCUUUCCAUCCUCUUAGACCCUUUUUUAAAAGAAAAAAACAAUUCUGGGACUUAGUUCUGCUGACUUUAAAGUUGCCAGGACCUGUCAUUCUUAAGCAUUCGGUAGUGGUUUCUGGGACCAGAAUAUUCUGGUCUUCACGUGAACCUGAGUCAUCAUGAGCUACCCUGCUAAUGUGUUGCUGGAUUACUCCAAUGUGAUGCUAUGCGAUUACAGGCCCUGUGUGAAGGGAUGGGAAGAGUGUUCUCAUUCCUUCUCAGUUUUAUAGCAAUAGGUGCUGCAGCGUAACAAGUAACCCUGAAAUAGAUCAUCAAAAGUGAACUGUUUUCAUCUGGACCAUUAAAUGUCUGAACAGGAAGCCUUGGCCAAGUAGCAUGCUGGAUUUAAUGGCAGUGUUUCGUUUUGUCCGACUUGCUACCUCAUUGGCCUCUUCAUUACCCGUUUCAUGCUUAUAUAGAAAUAGUUGAUGUGUAACGAUACACAAGACUUGGUUUGUGCCAUCCUUAAAACUGUAGUUUGCAUUGCACCGCUGAGGUAUAGUCUUUCGUUCCAACGCUGCCUCAGUGCCUUAUGUAAAAUCCAUCAGGCUUAUUUUCGUGUGGCCUCAUCAUGUAGGGAAACAGAUAUUGAGAGAGUAAUGCUAGUCAAACUAAAAAUACCUAGGCUCCUCUGAAUGUGCUGCUGGGUGGGAUAGGGGCAAUGGUUACGAAAUGGACAAUGCAACCUACGUAAACGUUGGUUUUUUUUUUUUGUUUGUUUGUUUUGUUUGUUGGAGAAUGAUCUCUUUUGUGCUUUGUACUUUGCAAAGUGUACAUUAAAAUGGUUAACCGU